AUGAGUCGCGUGAAAGUGGCCGUGCGGGUGCGCCCCUUCAACGCGCGCGAAGAGGCGAUGGGCAGCGUUUGCUGCAUCUCGAUGAGCGGCAGCAGCACGACGCUGCUGGACCUGGACAGCAGCAGCAGCAGCAGCAGCAGCAGCAGCAGCAGCAGCAGCAGCAGCAGCAGGGAGCCUCGGACCUUCACCUUUGACUACUCCUUCUGGUCCCAUGAUGGCUUCGAGGUGGGCCCCUCGGGGGCCCUCAGGGCCCUCCCGGGGGCCCCCUUUGUGGACCAAAAAAGGGUCUUCGAGGCCCUCGGCCAGCAACUCCUCGCAGCAGCUUGGGAGGGCUUCCACACUUGUUUGUUUGCCUACGGCCAGACGGGGGCUGGCAAGAGUUACUCCGUUGUGGGGUACGGAGACGAUCCCGGGAUCGUCCCCACGGCUUGCCGCGAGAUCUUCGCCCGCAUCCGCAGCAGCAGCAGCAGCAGCAGCAGCAGCAGCAGCAGCAGCAGCAGCAGCAGCGGGGGCGGCGAGGAGGAGCAGCAGAGCAAGAGCUAUGAGGUUACUGUUAGUUUGCUCGAGAUUUAUAAUGAAACUGUUCAAGACCUUCUCAUCAGCCCCAGCGAGCGGCCCAAGGCCGGGCUCAACAUCCGAGAGUCGAAGCAGCUCGGAGUUUAUGUUGAGGGGUUGACAAAGAUUGCAGUCUCUUCUUACGAAGAAAUCCAAGCAGUCACUGACAAAGGAACUGCAAACAGAACAAAUAGAGCGAAGAAUAUAAAAAAUAAAGCUGUUGUCAAUGAAGAUCCUGUCCAGAAACUCAUUCGGGAACUCCAGGAAGAAAACGCCAAACUCAAGAAACUCCUCGAUGGCCAGGGCCCCCUGGAGGGGCCCGCGCCUUCAGCGGAAGAAACCCUCGCGCUGCAGAGGGCCCACGAAGAAGAAAUAAAAGCCAUGGAAAAUGCAAUUGCAGAAAUGCAAAAGUCUUGGGAAGACAAGUUGAAGGAGGCCCACGCCAAGCUGCAGCAGCAGCAAGCAGGGCCUGACUGGGAGAAGGUGUGUCACAUAACUUUGUUGAAUGAAGACCCUCUUCUCUCGGGGUCUUUUUCCAUGGCCAUUCCUGCUGCUCCCGGGAAGUUGUUGAUAAAAAGAAAGACAAAAGAAGCAGCAGAGCAGCAGCAGGAAGCAGCAGCAGCGCAGCAGGCAGCAGCAAAGGAGACGCAGCAGCAGCAGCAGCAGCAGCAGCAGCAGCAGCAGCAGCAGGCGGAGACGGUGCUGCUGCUGUCGGGCCCCACAGUCAGCAGCAGACACUGCAGCAUCUAUUUCGAGGCUUCCGGAGCUGCUGGGAGCCCCAGAAAAGCCGCAGACGCAGCAGCAGCAGCAGCAGACGCAGCAGCAGCAGCAGCAAACGAAGCAGCAGCAGCAGCAAACGGAAAAGAGUCGGAAAAGGACGCAAAUGGACUAUUUAUCGAGGCGCUGGAAGGCGAAAAAGGCACUUUUUUGAACGGAAAAGAACUGCAAAAAGGAGAAAAAGUGCUGCUGCAGUGCGGCGACCGCGUGGUCGUGGGCCAGAGCUACGCCUUUCUGGUGUACGUACCGCAGCUGUGGGGCCCCACACGCAGCAAACUUCUUGCUGCUGCUUCUUUUGCUGCAGCAAUGGAGGAAGUCAGCAGCAGCAAAGGCGCGCUGCUCACUGCAACAAACUCUGGAAAACAAAUCGAACUCGAAACCCUCGAAAGGUCCAAGUACAAACAAAAACUCAAGGAGGCUGAUGAGGCACUCCAAAAACAAAAAGAGGAGUACGAAGCAAAGCUGCAGGCUCUUGAGCAGAAGCACAAUGAGGAGCAGCUGCAGAAAGUAAAAGAAGAAUUUUUAAAUGAACAAAAAAAGUUGGAGACAGAAAAAAGACAACUUGAAAUUCAAGAACUCAAAAGAAGACAAGAGGAGGGCGACCUCAUGCUGCUCAACGAGCAGCUCUCCAGACUGCUGCCGCUGCUGCGGGAGGCCAACGUGAUAGCUGCGGAGCUGGGGCUGGACUACGAGUGCUGCCCGCUGCUGCAGACUCGCGUGUCAGUGAAGAAAAAGGAGACAGUCGUGAGUGUCUCUUUGCUGCUGAAGGGUUUUCGAAUUUGCUGCUGGUCUGCUGCUGCUUUCGAAGACCGCCUCAUCCUCAUGAGGGAACUCUUCGACAAGUGGCUCGAAGCCCCAGACCCCAACGCCUUCCUCGCAGAUUACCAAGUCAAAAUAGGCAAAGCCACUGGUCUCCCCGUAGAAAAUGCGCAGCAGCUUUUUGUGCGCUUUUACCCAUACCUUGCUGAAGAGCCUUGCGAGACUCCAGCAGCAGCAGCAGCAGCAGCAGCAGCAGCAGCAGGAGCAGCAGCAGCAGCAGGGGCAGGCUCGCCUGCCGCAACGACCCCGAGAGCCGCAGCGACGGCAACGCUGCGGCCCGCAGCAGCAGCAGCAGCAGCAGCAGCAGCAGAAGUCGACUUCAAAUACUGCACUUUGCUGCAGCAGCAACCCGUAACAGCAGACUUCUUGGAUUACCUCAACACAGAGACACUCCGAUUCGAAGUUUGGGUAAAAGACGAAAAGGCAGCACAAGCAUUCAAAGAGCAGCAAAACAGCAGCAGCAGCAGCAGCAGCAGUAGCAGCGGUGCUAGCAGCAGCAGCAGCAGUGGCAGCAGCAGCAGUGGCAACGGCAGCAGCAGCAGCAGCAGCAGCAGCGGCGGCUGCAGAUAUACGUACAACGGAUACGAUAAAACAGCAGCAGCAGAUGCUGCAUGCAACGUGCUCGAUUUGCUGCCGGGCAUGAAGAGACAGCCAGCAGCAGCAGCAGCAGCAGCAGCAGCAGCAGCAGCAAACAAGGGGAAGAAGGAGACACUCGAGAACGCCGUGGGCAGGGACCCCAAGACAGGCAAAUAUGUCUACAAUGGAUACGAAACGCUCAGCCAGCAGCAGCAGCAGCAGCCGCAACAGCAGCAGAAGCAAAAUGAAGCAAAGCAGCAGGGCGCCAGCGCCAGCGGGGGAGCUAAGGAGAAGCAAAAGGCAGAAGCAACACCCAAUGCUGCUGCUGCUGCUGCUGCUGCACCUGCUGCUGCACCUGGCACUGCUGCUGCUACUGCGCAGCCAGCAGCAGCAGCGGCCAAAGGCCCUAGUCCUGCAGCGGAGCAGAAACCUAAGGACAACAAGCAGCAGCAGCAGCAGCAGCAGCAGCAGCCGCAGCAGCCAAAGGAAGAAAAGGCGAAGGAGCAGCGCCAGGCCGGCCCGCAGGAGCAGCAGCAGCAGCAGCAAAAACCUCAGCAGCAGCAGCAGCAGCAAGCGCGAGGCAAUGAGCAGCAGACGCCGCAGCAGCAGCUGCCGCAUGACGACGAAGAACAGCAGCAGCAGCAGCAGCGAAAGAUCCACCUCUUCAAACACCCCCAGAAUGCCUGCUGCACAAUUCAAUAA